AUGUCUAAGCAUACUUUAAAGGAAAUCGUGAUGGAAGAAAUAAUCGUUCCAUCACGGAAUGACGGUGAAAAGCAGGCAUCGCUGCACACCCCGCAAGCGAGCUUUUCAAAUGAGGCUCAAGUAGAAGCGUCAAAGUCUUCUUCGAGACGCGAUAAUCAGGCUAAUCCUUUGCUUGGGGUCUUGCGUUUUAAGGCAACAGUUCAACAGAGAACUGAUGUUGAUAGAUUGGAAAAGGAUUUCGAAAAGCUUAUGUCACGAAGAUAUGGCAGUCACGGAACGAGUGGUAGUAUAAGUGGAUCAGUAGGCCCCUUGCCCAGUACAGGAAGCAAGCAAUUCUCCAUGAACCAAAUCUUGCGGAAUCCUGGGGAUCAUGGAAAUUUUUUUUCUGAAAUCCUCAACUUAUUAAAACAGUAUAAGCACCUUGUUAGGUUGCCAGAUACCCCUGAAAUUAUGUCCGAGUUGGCUAAACCAUUCUUUAAUUCUUCAGUCAAUGCUGAUGAUUGCAAUCAGGCAUUAAAUGUUUUUGAAUUCAUGAAGGCUAAUUACAAACCUGUGGAUGAAAAUGAAAAUUUCGAAAGAAUACUAUGGUGUUGUAGACUAUUAGAGACGCGGCAUGUUUUAAUCAGGAGUCGAUUGUGCGAAAUUGUUGAAAAGUUUAUUAAUUCAACCGCCAUGAAUUCAUUUUUUCCGGCCUCGGUCACAUCAAUUCAUUCGCUCAUAUAUACAUUUGUUCAUACCCUGGUGGUGAUUUCCGGUGGAGCCGAGAAAUCGGAAGAAUCCAUUCGGUUGAAUAAUAUGAUUAAUGGAUUUCUGGAAAGAUUAGCUGCUGGCACUUUGAUAUUGGUAGACAAUGAGAUUUCAAUCGGUAAUAGUAGCAAGGCACGUUAUAUUUUCAUGGAAGGCUUGAUCAAGUGUAUUCUAGUCAAGAAUGUACAGUUACAAAAAUAUGUUAUGGCAAAUCUAAUUCCGAAAUAUUGGAUAACUCCCGAUCCGACAGCAAACACUUUCUAUGAACAUUUUGUCCAAUUGUUUGCACAAGCUGCUCUUGGAAUUUUUUCGGAUAGUUCAUACGCAAUUGACAUUGAAAAUUUACACGAGUCCCUUCCUUACAUUAUCAUACAAGUAUUGAAUAAAUAUUUUCCGGCAAAAGAUCUUCGGGACAUGCCAUCACACAUUGUACGAUCUCUUGCUAAAGUAGCGUUAUCUUCUUUUAUUCUUGCACGGGCGGAUGACUCACCUUCGAGGACAUCUUCGUUCAUGCCCACAACCGAAAAUCAACGCUCCACCUUUAUACCUAAAAAUGAGAGCUCAGCUAGUAUUGAUAUCCAACAAAGUUAUGACGAUUCUAGAAGAAAAUCUUCUGAAAAAGAAAAAUCUCCAGAUAGGCAACCAUCACUGGAUGAUUCUCGAGCAAACCACAAGCAGACUGAUAAUGAGAUUUUGAGAUUAGCAAGAUCGUAUAUCAAAUCCUUAUGGGGUGAAGGAUGGAAAAAAGAAAUUAUCGGCCUUGUAAAAGAAACUCUUGAACAAGAACGAUUCGAAAAAAUUAUUGCCGUAUUUGAACAAAUGGUGUUUGGCAUAAAUGACGAUAUCGGUCGUGAGAUUGUAUCCGUGACUAAAAUUGUAUCGUUGCAACCCGAGAAUUCACCGGGCCUUAAGAAAUUGCUGUUAGCAUUAUCAUCCAAUCACAGCGCAGAAUUUUACAAACCUAUGAUCGCUUGUGUUGCUUCGGAUUCAGAACAAAAAGUAUCUGAACAUCUGCAUUUGAUAUCAACACUAGGAAAUUAUAUGAGUGGUGUAGAGCUGUUUAUGCAGAAUGCUGAACUAAUGAGCGUUGUUAUUCUAAGCGAUGUUGGCUCGGGUACGCCAAAAGCUGAAAUGAACAAGCACGAAUCGAAGCUUUCUGUUUUAACCACAAGCACUAUAUCAAAGGUUCCAUGGGGCACAACAACUCUCGGUCAAUGUGCCAUCACUAUGGAGUUUAUAUGGGUGAUUCGUCAAUUAAGAUUGCAGCAAUCAGGGCAUUCUAAGGAUGUUAAGGCAGAGGCCUAUGCCAAGAAUUUUUUGAAGGAUCUGGAACUUCGUUUGGCGGUGUUCAUGAUAGCUAAAGAAAAAACAAGUCUAGUACCCAUGCCUUUGCGCGUCUUAUUAAGCAAUUUGUUUUUUGAGAUACGGUUAUAUUGUAAAAUAACCUAUCGUCCUGGAUGGUUAUCGAAGAUUGUAGAUUGGUUGAUUCUUUCAGCUCCUGGUAAAGACAUAUAUCGAGAUCUUUUAAUUAACGGAGAUCUAUCUUCGAAUCUUGACGUGGACCCAAACCAACUCAGUGAGGUCGAACUAAUAUUUCAAAGAGUUAAAGUUGUCUAUGCAACGUUGGAUGAUUGGACUUCGGCCGAUCUUGAAAGAGGCGAUUUGUUGAGCGAUCCUGUUCCCGCAAUAUCUAAAGUUAUACCCGUUACUUCUCUAAUACGAAAAACUCUGACAUCGCACAAUUAUGCACGAAAUCGUCUUACCGUUCUCUCAACCUUAAAGACAUCUCAUCAUCCUCCGUUAUCGAAGCAACGCCUUCACCGAUUAAAUAAUUUCAACGAAGAUCACGCAUCAUCGAUUUUAGCGCUUUUGGUGACGAUUUAUUUUACCCUAUCAAACGAUGAAUAUUCAAGUCUUGGUCCUUACAUAUGGGACCGAUUCUUAAAUGAUCGAGAGCAUAAACAAUUUUCAUCUGCGUGUUUUUUGUUUAUACAAUGUAGCGAGAAAUCUCCAGAAAUUGUCAAGGGACUGGUAAUGAGAGAUCUUUAUAGUACCAACGCGUUAGUUCGUGCAAUGACAAUUCGCAAGAUUUCUUCAUUAUUUGGUCACCGAAAUCAAUUGUUAUCUCAGCCUUACGUCUCUGACUCGAGUCGUCGGCGGCCCUUUCGCACCCAGGCUCCUCAUAUUCUCUUUGUUCCAACUGAACUUGGAAGUCAAGAUAUGGUGAUGUACGAAACAUUCAAAGCCCAGGAGGUGACUAAUGAUACAUUGUCAGCUGAUGUGCGUAAGAGAAUACAAGAACUUGGGUGGGAAGAAGAAGAUCAAAGUGAUCAAGAACAAAUCGUACGAGUUGCAACGCCGAUCUCUCUUUUGCCAACUUUUUACCUUGAUGAAGAAGAAUCCAAGAACGCAGAGGAAUCUGCAUCGACACAGUCCAACGAAAAAAAGAAUAAUGCUUAUACACCUUUUAAUAACAAAAUGCAGCUAAACUCUAAUAAACGAAGAACAGUUUCAAUUCCUAUAUUGAGUACAUUUUCUUUGCGAUUUGUGGAUUUACUUGAUGACACACACGGUGGUGUAUAUAACCUUGCCAAAGAACUUAUCACGUACUUUCUUCGAGAUGAUGCACUGCUAUUUUUGCGAAAUUUUUUCAGCGAUUUGGGGUUAUCAAAAUCCGAAGCGCAAAAGGAAUUGCUCACCCGAAUUCAAUUUCUUGUAUCAAUGCAACAUAACCUCCCUUCUAACUUUACGUAUACUUUAUUCAACCAUCUCGCCGGGAUGUUAAAAUGGUACUCGCGGGAUAACAUGGACGACGGUCUUUCACUCAUGACCUACGUUUUACCAAUAUUGGCUGAAAUGGUUCCAUCAGUCAAUGGCAUAGUGGUCCGCGAUUUUCGGAAAAAUAAGAUCGAAAAUAUUAUCUGUAACAAUGGACAAUUCUGGUUCACAGAAGGAACGCCCAUUACCAUGUUCCCGCGUAACUUAACGGAUAAUCAGACGUCAUUUGACAUCUUGGAUGUACCUCUGGAGUUAUUUGAAGUUGCUAUACUUCGAAUUGGUCACAUACACUUCAUGACCAAUUAUGCCGUAAAAUGUCCUCGCGAAGUUUAUUCAAUCAAGAAAUUAAUUCACGCUUUUGAACCUUUACCCUCCUGCAAUGGUAGCGGAGAAACAAAGGCUGAAGUUGACGACGAUCAGAUUCUACCCGACAUGAAGAAAAUGAAAAGAUGGUUGAACGAACAUGAUGAUGUGUUUACACGAAGAAGAAGGGAUUUCAAAUUGCUUUCCGCUCUGCGAGCUCGCUCAUGGCUGAAUUUUCUGCUAGAAUUACUAAGAAGAUUAAACGAAAAUUACAAUGAUCGUAACGAGCUCGAAUUGUUCCUCAGUGGUGCGAAUAAUAUUUUGCUGGAACACGCUGGUGACUUUGGAAUAGUUGGGCAAACAUUGGUUCUCUUCAUGACCGCGGCAACAAGAUUUCGUAGAUUAUUUGAUACCAAUCGCGGGUAUUCUAUAAUUAUACCUGUGCUGUUUAAAAUAUUCUGUGAGUCGGAGAGUGUCAGGCCUAUUAGACAAGCUAUAAUAUUUGCAUGGUGCAAGUUCUUUCAUGCACACGGAGAAUCAUUUAUUUUCCAAGCUCUUGGAUGUUUGACGCCAUUAAUACUAAAAGGUUCAUCAAAAUCUCCAAAAGUAUGUGAAUGGAUGUGCACUUCUUUGUACGAAUUGUUCCGUGCUUUAAAUUUUCCGGUGAAUUUUGAAGACUCGCUUGGAAUACUAGAUGCUGCCGAAGAAUUAGACAUUUCCGAUCCUUUUCUAUUUGAUGCGCCUUCAAUUAUCAAUAACACUAUUAACAACACGUUUGGGUUGAAGGGCAAUGUCAAAUUAAAAACCAGCUUUCUAGGAGCACAAGAUAAGAUAUUUCCCUUGGAAGACUUGGUCAAGUUAUUCCUUACAAUAAUAGCAUAUGAUCCUGGCUCUCUCAGAGCAGAGCAAUUCGUUCAGAUCCUGCGAUACCUGAUACCGCACCUUUUGCAGGAAUCUUCGACCGUUCGUGGACUGGUAGAUGAAGGAAUGGUCGCUUUAACCGAAGUAUUCCUUAAAUUCUCAAAAUCUUCCAAGCCACUUGUAAGUUCAACAGGAGUUUCUGGAAGUGCGAUCAUCGAUAACAUCUCGGACGAAAAUAUGGAUACCGCUGAUGGCAUUUCUUUUAACAUUCAAGAAGCUACAACUCAAGCCUUUGGGAAGCAGUGGCAACAAAAUGACCGAAUAAAAAUUAAAAGACAAUUCUUGAUGUUGGUCCAAGUUUACAAAUUGCACGACGGAAUGCUGACAGAUAAUUGUCACAAUAAAAUGGCCAAUAUAAUUCGCCUGAUGCUUAAAGAUUACGCUUCUGUUAAAAUGAAGAUUUCAACUGCUUUUCUCAAGAAUUACAUUUGCGACGCUUUACUCUUCAACACUACCUUUGUAGAUGGACGAAAACCUAUUCUAUCAUUCUUACGUCACCUCUCGACUUCUUUCCGACAGCACUACAAAUCCAUCGAUUUUUCGGGUUUGCUCGAGGGACUCGCUUUAAUUGCAACUAGUAAAUGUAAAUUCGCCAUUAACGAUUUCGAGAUGGCACAUUUGCUAAAAGACAAAUUUGUGUCUUUCGGAUUAUCUAUAGCCUUGAGGUCAGAUUGGGAAAUCGGGGCGGAGCAGACGCAACAAAAAUUCUGCAAUGGUUUGGUCGAGUUAUUUGUCGCGAUGAUGACACAUUCUAAAUUGGACAUGUUAUCAGAAAUUGAUAAGUACCAUCCAUCUCAUUACCUCAUGACGUACAUCAUCAUACCAAUAUGUUUAAAAUACAACCCAGAAGACGUCGUGAUCGUAUCCAAAAUAGAAUCACCCGAAUUUAACAUAAAGAUCACCUGGAAUAGACUUUUAGUGUAUGUCACAAAAGUAUGUAGCAAAGAUUUCACUCAAAGAUCGACGAGAAAACCACGUGCGUCAACCACUUCUAUGAAUAAUGUUGAAGACUUGGAAGCGAACGAGAAUGAAGAGGAGACCCAAGUUGAUUCAACUGCUGAUACAGCCACUUUUAUAUUUGGUUACAUAGCAUUAAAAAUUUUAUUUGUUCGUGCGGAUAAAUAUAUUUCGCAGACAAAAGGCAUGUGGGUUAAUAUCGCGCAAUUUUUGCGAAAGAACCUUGCUUCUUCAGGGAAACCGCAAGCAUCCCGUUCCGGGUUGUAUUCUGGCGGAUCAUCGCCUUCAGAAAGCUUUACAAACGUGAGCAUCACUCCUGAUCUACAUCCCGACAAUCUGAGAGCGUCUUCAACAUCACUUUUACAUCCUCCUCUCUCAAGAUCAUCACUUACCUCUUCUGCUUACGAUUUCGUUUUAUGGAAAUUUUUAGAAUUUAUUUUAUUAUAUAAGUUGCCAUUAAAUUUAUAUCUAAGGACAUUCGUGCAUCAAAAACUCCAGCAUAGAUCUACCGGAAUAGACAGCAUAUAUUAUCGUCUUUCUUCGAUCGAUAAUUCCAAAUCUUCAAAUCACGACACAAGAAAAUCACGUUGGAGAAGUUGGGGAGGGCCGCCGAUCGGAUUUCAACAAGCUCUGAAUAAAUCUUUGGAAAAAGAAUCCAUUGGAUUUGGGUCGGUAAGGAAAGGUAAACAUGGAUAUACGGCAUUGACCGGAGACGGAACCACUUCUACUGUGAUUGAGUCGACAAACGAUCUUAAUAACAACCUCAAUGUUCGAAGCAAAUCACCCAACCAAAGUUUGUAUAGCGGUGUACUACAUACAAAUGAGUUGGUCAAUGAAACCUUUAAUUCUUAUUCGAAUGUUUGUACACUGAUGGGAUAUAAAACUGUUAACAAUAAUACUUCCGGCAAUACGCAACAAGAAUUAAGGGCAUGGUGUUACAACGAAGUGAUAAAAAAAUUGAACGAAGAAAUGUUAUUUGUUUCAAAUGUCUUCAAAGGAGCUUUUAAAACAUCAGAAUUUCAUGGAAAUGAUGGUAACAAUAUUGAUUGA